AUGGGCGCGGGGCCGGCCUGCCCGUACCUGUACUUCUGCCUGGGCUGGGCGCUGGCCGCCCGGGCGAGCGGCGCGACGGAGCCGCGGCUGCAGCGGGGCAUGCCAAAUGUUUGUCCAGUGCUAGAGCUGGCACUGGUAGGGCACCAACAGCCAUGUGUUCAAGCCUUUAGUCGCAUGGUCAAGAUGUGGAAACAAGGUUGUGCAAAGAGGAGAUGGUGUAUGGGCUAUGAGAGAAGGUCUGCGUACUACACAGUUUACAAGCAGAUGUAUAGGAUGGAGCAUCAGACUGUCUAUAAGUGCUGCCCUGGAUGGGUCCAACAUGACAAUGAACCUGGAUGUUUGCACUUGCUGUGCACUGUUGGCACUUGCUUCAAUGGAGGGAAAUGUUCUGAAGAAGGAUCCCAGAUGUGCCAGUGUCCUGUGGGAUUUCAGGGUCCUCGCUGCCAGUAUGAUGUAAACGAGUGCACCACUGAGAACGGUGGCUGUCAGGACCAGUGCUGUAAUACCAUUGGCAGCUACUACUGCAAAUGUCCCCCUGGCCAGAAACUCGAGGAAGAUGGGAAAUCAUGUGGAGACGAAGACGAGUGCGCACUGGUGAAUGGUGGCUGCCAGCAAGACUGUGCCAACACCCACGGCUCCUUCCACUGCCAGUGCCGGGCAGGAUACAGGCUCCACACUGAUGGACGCACUUGCAUAGCCAUCAACUCCUGCAGUGUUAACAAGGGGGGCUGCGAGCAGGAGUGCAUUCAGCUCGGUGAAGACCGCUACAAGUGCCAGUGCCAGCCAGGCUACCAACUGGAGAGCGAUGCCAAGUCCUGUGAAGUGAUAAACCCCUGCACAAGUGGGAAUGGGGAAUGCUCACAAAUCUGUCAAAAUGAGAGAGGAAUUGCAAAAUGCAAGUGUCAUCCAGGGCAUUAUCUUUCUGCAGAAAAAAAAGUCCUGUUUUGGAUUGAUCACUCAGUGGACAUUGAUGAGUGUGCAGAAGGGAGAGCCAGGUGUGCUCAUCGUUGUGUGAACACUCUGGGAUCCUUCACCUGUGUCUGUAAUCCGGGCUUCGAGCUGGGGGCUGAUGGAAAGCAAUGCUACCGCAUCGAAAUGGAAAUUGUGGAUAGCUGCCAGGACAGCAACGGUGGCUGCUCCCAGCACUGCGAGCACACGGCUGCGGGGCCACGCUGCUCCUGCCACCAUGGCUAUCGCCUCCAUUUCGAUGGCAAAACGUGUGCAGAGCUGGACGAGUGUGAGACAGGCGAGUCCUGCUGCUCCCAAUUCUGCAUCAACUACGUGGGUGGCUACGAGUGUGCCUGCAAGGGAGGGUUCCAGCUGAGCAGCGACGGCUGCGCCUGUGACGAUGUGGAUGAAUGUCAUCUUGAUAACGGCAACUGUGACCAUUUCUGUAUUAAUUCUCUGGGAUCAUACGAGUGUGCCUGUAAGGAGGGUUACAGGUUUGAUGUUAACAGAUGGUCUUGCAUUGGUGAGGAGGAGGUGGAGCCGGAGGAGGCAGCGGGGUUUGCUGGGGCGCCAGGGCUGCAGUUCAGAGCUCCCCCCCAGCUCCUGCGCUACGCACUUGGUGCCCGCUAUGAGGAUGAGGACCCUCGAGGAGAACUCACCCUGGUGCACAGGGUUGUUUGUCUUGAUGACACUUUUGGCAAUGACUGUAGCUUGAGCUGUGAGGAUUGCCUGAAUGGAGGCAGAUGUAACAGUGAACACAGUGGCUGUGUUUGCUCACCUGGGUGGACUGGCAUUAUCUGUAACGAAACUUGCUCCCCUGGGACAUACGGCACAGGCUGUGCCAGCAUUUGCAAGUGCCAGAAUGGAGGCUCGUGUGACCCCGUGACGGGGCAGUGCCGCUGCCCGCCCGGCGUGCAUGGCAAGCUCUGUGAAGAUGGUUGUCCUAAAGGAUUCUUUGGGAAGAACUGUAACAAGCCAUGCAACUGUGCCAACAACGGCCAUUGCCACAGACUGUAUGGGGCCUGCCUGUGUGACCCUGGGCUCUACGGGCGCUUCUGCCAUCUCACCUGUCCCAGGUGGGCCUUUGGAGCUGGCUGCUCAGAGGAGUGUCAGUGUGUGAAAGAGCACACUCUGGAAUGCAACGCAAGGAACGGGACUUGCACCUGCAAGCCUGGCUACCACGGCAAAAAGUGUCAGAAAGAGUGCUCACUUGGCUUUUAUGGGACUGGUUGCAAACUGAGGUGCAGCUGUCCUCCUGACAUUUUGUGUGAUCGUGAGACAGGAGUCUGCAAGCAGCCAUGUCCACCUGGGUUCCACGGAGACAAGUGCCAUUUCCCUUGUCAGCCUGGGAGCUUUGGGGUGAGCUGCCAGCAGAAGUGCAGCUGUGGAGAAGCACCAUGUGAUCCACAGACAGGGCAGUGUAUUUGCCCAGCUGGGAAGACUGGUGCUACAUGUGAGGAAGAUUGCCCACCAGGCCAGUGGGGACCAGACUGCCAGUCCUCCUGCAAGCCCUGUGCCAACGGGGGCCAGUGCAACAGAGAAACCGGAGCCUGCGAGUGUGCCCCCGGCUACAGCGGGGCCUCCUGCUCUGAGGCCUGCCCCACUGGUUACUAUGGACCAAACUGCGGGCUGUCUUGCAGCUGUGGCAGCAGUGUUCAGUGUCACCACGUCACUGGGGAAUGCACGUGUCCCCCGGGCUGGACUGGCCACGACUGCAGCCACCGAUGCCCCCAGGGAAGCUUUGGCCCGAGCUGCAAGUACAGCUGUCAGUGCCAGAACGGAGCUGCCUGUGACCACGUGAGCGGAGCCUGUACCUGCGCCGCAGGCUGGACAGGGACCUUCUGUGAGAGAGCUUGUCCAGAUGGAUUCUUUGGGCUUGACUGCCACCAGGUGUGCAAGUGCAAGAAUGCUGCUGGCUGCGACCACAUCCUGGGAACGUGCCGCUGCCUCCCGGGCUGGCUGGGAGAGACCUGCGAGCAGCCCUGCCAGGGGAACAAGUAUGGGCCAGGCUGCAGCCACACUUGUCAGUGUCACAAUGGAGCAUUCUGUCAUCAUGUAACUGGGACCUGCCUUUGUAGCCCAGGGUGGAAAGGAGCCACUUGCCAAGAAGCCUGUCCUUCUGGAUGGUACGGUGCAAACUGCCUCCAGCGCUGCGGCUGCCACGGCCAGGCCACAUGUGACCGUGUGACGGGCCAGUGCCUGUGUCCCCAGGGUUGGACAGGGAUAGUGUGUGAGCUGGAGUGUGGAGAUGGGAGGCACAGAGAGGGCUGUGAGCAGAACUGUAGUUGCCACCACGGCCUUUGUGACCAGCACUCAGGGAAAUGCAUCUGUCAUGCUGGCUGGACUGGGGAUCACUGUGAUGCUGUCUGCCCCUUGGGAUUUUUUGGCAAGCAGUGUGAGGAGCAGUGUAACUGUGUACACGCCUUGUCCUGCCACCAUCAGACCGGAGCGUGCCACUGUGAGAAAGGCUGGCGGGGGAGGCACUGUGACAAACCUUGCUCGCCUGGACGCUACGGCGUGGGCUGUGCCCUGCGGUGCCGCUGCCCCAUGGGCACCCGCUGCCAUCCCGUGACGGGCCACUGCGGCUGUCCCCCGGGAGCCACCCACCAGGCCUGCCACAAAUCUUGUCCACCAGGCACGUAUGGUAAGAACUGUAACCGAGUAUGUCAGUGCUCUGCUGAGAAUGAGGAGUGUCACCCAGUGACCGGCGAGUGCAUGUGCCGCCCGGGCUACCACGGGGCCCGCUGCAGCCCGCGGUGUCCAAAAGGUACUUAUGGUCCAAACUGCCAAACCCCCUGUAAGUGCAUGAACGGAGGCCACUGUGACCCUGCAUCAGGAGCUUGUGACUGUGCACCUGGCUUCAUUGGAGCCGACUGCAGUAAACCUUGCCCCAAAAACCGAUAUGGGAAGGACUGCUCCUUGUUCUGUGCGUGCAGCAAAGGUCAGUGUGACCCCCGGACUGGCAAGUGUACCUGUCCUCCUGGCCAAAUGGGACCCAGCUGUCAGCAAGUGUGUCCCCAGGGACAGUAUGGCCCCAACUGCCACCUGACAUGUACCUGUCAGAACGGUGGUAUCUGUGACCAUGUGGAUGGCAACUGCACUUGUGGGCUGGGCUGGACAGGAAGAUGGUGUGAGAAAGAAUGUCUCCCAGGGAAGUAUGGGUCUGGCUGCAGCAUGGACUGCUCGUGCCAACACAACGGCACCUGCGACAGGUUCACAGGCUGCUGCCGAUGCCCCGAGGGUUACUACGGCCAUUCCUGUGAGCACAGGUGCGCCCUUGGCUUUUAUGGGCUCAGCUGUCUUCAUGCCUGUGCCUGUAAAAAUGGAGCCAGCUGUGACGCAGUGACGGGCCAGUGCGUUUGUCCUCUGGGUUAUCAAGGUGUCCACUGUGAGAAAGGCUGCGACAGAGGCUGGUUUGGAGAGAGAUGCCAGCAUCAGUGUGACUGUGGAGAUUCUCCUUGUGAUCCAGAGACUGGGAAAUGCCUUUGCCCACCUGGGAAGACUGGAGAGAAAUGUGAUAUUGGAUGCAGGUCAGACCAGUAUGGCCCUGACUGCUCCCUGCGAUGCCAGUGUGCCAGCGCAUCCCAGUGCAACCCGUACAACGGGAGCUGCCUGUGCCCAGCCACAUGGAUGGGACCAACCUGUGAAGAAGGUGGCCCUCCAAAACUUCCUUUUUAUGAAGAACAAACUCAAGAAAGAGGGAAUAUUUUUCCAAGAGCUCUACAACAGUAA